UGUUAUGAACAUUUACGAACGUGCAAACACAAUCCACUCCGAGGCCAUGGCACGUAGCCAAGCAUUUUCGAAGAAGUCACAAGUAAUCUGGGCAGAAAUGAGCGAAAUGAACCGCGUUCACCGAACUCCAAGAGACUAUUAUGGUAGCGCAGCAGCAGCAGAAGAGCUGAAGAAAGGAGUUUUGCACAAGUGCAGCCAAUGCACACGUCUUCAUUGCCCAAGCGGACAGGCAGGUAAAGAGGGUCCACCAGGCCUUGACGGUGAGCCUGGCUUACCUGGAAGACCUGGUGCUCCUGGAAAGGAUGGAGAAGAUAUCGAAAUCCCAGUCUCAGUCUCUAAUUUUCUGGACGUAAAUGUUAAGGAAACGAACCUAGUUCCCAUAAUUUUAUAUAAGCCUGAUCUUCCAUGCUCUAUUUGUCCUGCUGGACCACAGGGACCGAGGGGACCGCAAGGAGAACGUGGAAUGACCGGAAGAGCUGGUACCAAGGGAUCGUCUGGUCAUCCUGGUAAUCCCGGUCUGGCAGGACUUGUCGGUACUCCAGGAUAUACCGGUUAUCCUGGUGCUCCGGGCAACAGGGGCAUCCGUGGUCCACCU